CAUCAACCCCUCUCUCUCUCUCUCUCUCUCUCUCUCUCUCUCUCUCGCUUAUGGAGUAUAAUGCAAGCUUUGCUCUCAACGGGAAGAUUAUGCUAUGCUCGGUGACCAUUCUCUUCUUUUUGGUACUUAUCAUAGUGUGCUUCCAUAGCUUGCGGUGCUGCCUCCACUGCCACCACCGCCGUAAUAGCCAUCGCCGCCGUCAUGCUCGCCACCUAUUCCAUCACCCCAUUACCCCCAACGCCACCACCACUACUACUGAUCAAGGCCUCGACCCCUUCGUCCUCAAAGCCCUAUCUACCUUCACUUACUCCUCCAAAACCCACGACUCUCCGCCAGAAUGCGCCGUGUGCUUAUCCGAGUUCGAAGACGGCGAGCAAGGCAGAGCCUUGCACAAAUGUGGACAUACUUUUCACGUCGACUGCAUUGAUACGUGGUUCCAGUCUCACUCUAAGUGCCCACUCUGUAGAGCUCCUGUUCAGGCCGAUAUUUCGGCCGAAACGGAGAAUCAGCCGGCCGGUUCAUGGACAGACCCGAGCCAGAGGAAAGCGCCUGAAAUGGGUUGCUCGAGUUUUCAGCAGCCGGUGAGUUUGGGGUUCUCGGAUGGCCAUAGAAAACCAAUAUUGGAGCUGGUGGGCGUAGUUGUGGAGGCGCCUAGGUUGAGAGGGUUGGAUGAGUUUGGUUUGGCUUCACCCGGGGGACACGGGUUCAAGUCUUCGGGUAAUCGGGUCCUGUCUAUGAAGAGGAUUUGGAGCAUAUAAGGGAAUAUUCACUGCUGCUCAUGAAUCGGAGGCCGGUCGAUCGAACCCGAGACGACGAGCAAUGGGAGUUUGUUUCGUGUUAGCAGAAGCACAGUCUUGGAACACGUGGCUGUAGGUUUUGCAUGCGUGGCUGAUGUAAAACUGUUUUCUUGGCUGUUGGCUGGAGACUUGGAGCUUACCUCACUCUUGUCGGGAUGUAGAUAACUACUUAUUUAACACGGAAAGAGCGAUGUCAAAAUUAUUAUAUUUUUAUUCCACAAAUAUUUUAAAUAAAAAAUGCUAUAAAUUAUAUUUCAA